CAGAGCUUUCUGCCUAUGGAAGGGCUCAGCUUUCCAGCCCACAACGGAGGCUUUCAGUAGCUCCAGAACCAGGGGACGCGGCAAUUAAAGAGAAGGUGCUUGCUAGCAUUCCCAGUCCAAAAAGUGAGCCUGCUACUUGAUUUGGAAAGCCAGAAAUACUCACCGCAGCAGCCACCGCAGCAAGAAUAAGAAAGGCGAAACUGAAUAAGGACCGGCUCCUCUCUAAGUCUCCCAACUGGCAUGGCAUCUGUCCUGGGGAGCAGCGGCAGAGGAUCUGGAGGGCUAAGCAGUCAACUCAAAUGCAAAUCCAAGAGGAGAAGAAGGAGGAGGUCCAAGAGGAAAGACAAAGUAAGCAUAUUGUCAACCUUCCUCGCUCCCUUCAAGUACCUAAGUCCUGGAACCACAAACACGGAGGAUGAAGACAGUCUAAGUACCAGCAGUGCCGAAGUGAAGGAAAACCGAAAUGUGAGCAACCUGGGGACUAGGGCCCCGCCCCCUGGAGACUGGGCCAGAGGCAGCGCGCCCAGCAUUAAAAGGAAAAGGCCACUGGAGGAAGGAAACGCGGGGCAUUUCUGCAAACUCCAGCUGAUCUGGAAGAAGCUCUCCUGGUCUAUGACACCCAAGAAUGCCCUGGUCCAGCUGCAUGAGCUGAAGCCGGGUCUGCAGUACAGGAUGGUGUCACAGACGGGCCCAGUGCACGCCCCAGUCUUCGCAGUGGCUGUGGAAGUGAAUGGGCUCACGUUUGAAGGCACAGGGCCCACUAAAAAGAAAGCCAAGAUGCGGGCAGCAGAGAUGGCCCUGAAGUCCUUCGUGCAGUUCCCCAAUGCGUUUCAGGCCCACCUGGCCAUGGGCAGUAGUACCAGUUCUUGCACUGACUUCACCUCUGACCAGGCUGACUUCCCAGACACAUUGUUCAAGGAGUUCGAACCAUCUUCAAGAAAUGAGGACUUCCCGGGCUGUCGUCCCGUUGACCCCGAGUUUCUGUCUUCCACCUACCGGCGAGGACGGCUGUUCUACCACACACUGGACCUCAUGGGCCAGGCUCUGCCUGACAGGUCCAGGCUGGCCCCCGGGGCUCUGGGCGAGAGGAACCCUGUAGUGGUGCUGAAUGAGUUACGCUCAGGUCUGCGGUAUGUGUGCCUCUCGGAAACAGCCGAGAAGCCCCGAGUCAAGAGUUUUGUCAUGGCUGUGUGCGUGGACGGGAGGACGUUCGAAGGCUCUGGACGCAGCAAGAAGCUGGCCAAGGGCCAGGCAGCACAAGCUGCUUUGCAGGCCCUCUUCGACAUCCGGCUGCCUGGCCACACACCCAGCAGGAGUAAAUGCAACCUCUUGCCACAGGAUUUUGCAGACUCUGUGUCCCAGCUGGUCACACAGAAGUUCCGUGAGCUGACAGUUGGCCUGACAUCUGUGUAUGCCCGCCACAAAACACUGGCAGGAAUCGUCAUGACAAAAGGCUUGGACACCAAACAGGCGCAGGUCAUCGUCCUGUCCUCUGGGACCAAGUGCAUCAGCGGUGAGCACAUCAGUGACCAGGGGCUCGUUGUCAACGACUGCCACGCUGAAAUUGUGGCCAGGCGGGCAUUUCUUCACUUCCUCUACACUCAGCUGGAGCUGCACUUGAGCAAGCAUCGAGAAGACUCCGAGAGAUCAAUAUUCGUUCGUUUAAAGGAAGGAGGCUACAGGCUUCGAGAAAACAUCCUCUUCCAUCUCUAUGUGAGCACGUCCCCUUGCGGAGAUGCCAGACUCAACUCUCCCUACGAAAUCACCACAGAUUUGAACAACAGCAAGCACAUCGUCAGGAAGUUCCGAGGCCACCUGCGCACCAAGAUUGAGUCUGGGGAAGGGACAGUCCCUGUCCGAGGUCCCAGUGCAGUCCAGACGUGGGAUGGCAUCCUGCUGGGAGAGCAGCUAGUCACCAUGUCCUGCACAGACAAGAUUGCCAGCUGGAACGUGCUGGGACUGCAAGGUGCUCUCCUCUGCCACUUCAUCGAGCCUGUGUACCUCCACAGCGUCAUCGUUGGAAGCCUGCACCACACAGGCCACCUUGCUCGGGUCAUGAGCCACAGGAUGGAGGGCAUCGGCCAGCUGCCUGCCUCAUACCGGCAAAACAAGCCUCUUCUUAGUGGCGUGAGUAACACCGAGGCCCGGCAGCCAGGAAAGUCUCCCCAGUUCAGUGCCAACUGGAUCGUGGGCAGUGCCGACCUGGAGAUCAUUAAUGCCACAACUGGGAAGAGGAGCUGUGGGGGCUCAUCCCGGCUCUGCAAGCACGUGUUUUCUGCUCGGUGGGCACGGCUGCAUGGUAGGCUAAGCACACGGAUCCCCGGUCAUGGAGACACACCGUCCAUGUACUGUGAGGCCAAGCUGGGGGCUCACACCUACCAGUCUGUUAAACAGCAGCUCUUCAAGGCUUUUCAGAAAGCUGGUCUUGGCACCUGGGUGAGAAAACCACCAGAGCAAGAUCAGUUUCUACUAAGUCUCUAAGUCGCUAGACUACUUUGCUGUUGGAGCAGAGCGAAACGCCUGGAGGAGACGCCGUUGUACGGUGGUGUGGUGUGUCCAUCGACUCUUGACCUUGUUCUCCUUCAGUGUUCAGGAACACACGUAUUCAUGUCUGGAUCGGAGACUAGAUUUGAGUUUUUUUCAUGCUGCUUCUCCCUGGGUUGUUAGUUCUAAGAACUCUGUCCACAUAGCUUGAGGUAGAAGCACUAUUGCAUUAGCCCCAUCCCUUCCUGGUGUCAAAAGGAAAGAAUCUCUUCAGGCAAGGGGAGCUCAGAGGCAAGAUUGGAAAGUAGUACUUACGUGCAGCCUCAUGCCCCAUCCUCCGUGCUUCCCUCCCCUUUCAUGGGCCUCUCUAGUGGUGUGAUCGAGUCUCCCCAGCACAAGUUUAUAUGACUUCCAUAUAAGCCACAGGUGAAAAGAAAAGCCAUGGGCUCUUUAACUCCAAAGAACCCAACAGGAAUGAAUGCUGAAUUGUUUUCAUUAUCCAUUCAGGCCUUUCCACCGUCUUUCAAAAGUUCUUGAGAUGGACACUGUUAACGAGCAACUAAAGUCCAUGAAAACCCUGUUUAUGACACAAAGGGAUAGUUACCUAAGACACAGAAGAGUCAUGAUCUAUGAUCUAAGAAAACUGCUUUUCAUCUGCCCAGUUGUAGAAUGUUUCAAACAAACCCAGGCCUAUUCCUUGGUCACAAAAUUUCCAUUGCUUUUCACACAAAUGACAGCCAUGGAAGUGAGAACUGCAGAAUGGUUAUAACUAUGACCCAAUAAUCUCUACAUUAGGUAAUAGUAAUAAAACCGAGUCUUAGAGAAAGUUCUGAAUUUUAAAAUGA